UAGUUCACAGUUCUCUGAAGCAGAACAGAGACUUCAAAGCUUUGAAACAUGUCUCCUGGGCCUCGAAGAAGGUUUCCAUCGAUCUUGCACUGUGAUGUGUCGGGGCGAGAGGAACAAACGGUUGCGGCAGACCUGGACGGAACUUUGUUGGUGUCCAGGAGCUCCUUCCCAUACUUCAUGCUGGUGGCCAUAGAAGCCGGCAGCUUUCUCAGGGGAAUCGUUCUCCUACUCGUCUCUCCUCUCAUCCUCAUCGUUUACAAGCUAGUGUCUGAGUCCAUGGGGAUCCAGCUUCUCAUCUUCAUCUCCUUCUCUGGUUUGAAGUUUCGUGACAUCGAACUCGCUUCAAGGGCAGUGUUGCCGAGAUUCUACGCAGGAGACGUGAGAUCGGAGAGCUGGAACGUGUUUAGUAAGUGUAGGAGGAAGGUGGUGGUCACGGCCAACCCGACUGUGAUGGUGGAGCCGUUCGUGAAGGAUUUCCUGGGAGGAGAUAAGGUGCUUGGAACAGAGAUCGAGGUGAACCCCAAGACUGGUAGAGCUACUGGAUUCGUGAAGAAGCCUGGAGUGUUGGUCGGAGAGCUGAAGAAAUUGGCUCUCUUGAGGGAGUUUGCCGACGAUGAUUUGCCUCAUCUUGGGUUGGGAGAUCGUGAGUCUGACCAUCCUUUCAUGUCCCUCUGCAAGGAGGGAUACAUGGUCCACCAUGACCCAUCAGCGAAACCUGUUCCACAGGGACGACUGAAGAGCCCCAUCGUCUUCCACGACGGGCGUUUGGUCCAGCGACCCACCCCAGGCAACGCACUCGUCACUUUCCUCUGGUUACCGGUGGGAUUUUUUCUCUCCCUGCUCCGAGUAUACAUCAACCUCCCACUCCCAGAGCGCAUAGUGAAGUACACCUAUGCCCUCUUGGGCAUUAAGCUGGUGAUCAAAGGCACACCACCCCCGCCGCCCGGCCGGGGCUCUAAAGGGUCACUGUUCGUUUGCAACCACCGCAUGGGGUUGGACCCCAUCAUCAUUGCCAUCGCACUGGGACGCAAGGUCUCGUGCGUCACCUACAGUGUGGGUCGCAUCCAGCGCCUCCAGUCUCCGAUUCCCACGGUGGCCCUGACACGCGACAGGGCUACAGACGCCGCACGCAUCUCGGCGCUGCUGGAGAAAGGAGACCUGGUGGUCUGCCCUGAGGGGACGACGUGUAGGGAGCCGUUCCUGCUCAGGUUCAGCGCGCUGUUCGCAGAGCUAAGUGAUCGGAUAGUGCCGGUGGCGAUGAAGACGGAACAGAGCAUGUUCUACGGGACGACGGUCCGGGGGAUGAAGUUCUGGGACGCUUAUUUCUUCUUCAUGAACCCAAUGCCUGUCUAUGAGGUCAAGUUCCUGGACAAGCUUCCCCAGGAGAUGACUUGCAAGGGUGGAGGCAAGUCCGCCAUUGAAGUGGCUAACCACGUUCAGAAGCUGCUUGGGGGAAUCCUGGGCUUUCAGUGUACGGCUUUUACACGCAAGGAUAAGUACAUGGUCUUGGGUGGCAACGAUGGCCGAGUCGAAUCCAUGUACUUAUCUUCUUCUUCAUCUACUACUACUGCUACUACUACUCACAACAACUGAACUGGUUUGAU